UAAAACACUUUCGUGUGCGCCUCAGUCGUGUACGAAAAAAAAAAGAAAAAUAGAAAAAGAAAAGUUUACUAAAACGAAAACGAAGCAACGUAUAGCGGAAUAUAGCGAAAAACAACGGGCCCGCAGCCGAGUGCAGUACACGAGUAACCGUAAUUUAGCAAGUUAAGUGCAAGGAGCAGCAGCAACGCAACAACAGCAACAGUUCUACGGCGCUACGGGAAAAAAAUGGAAAUAUGCAUAAUACGAAAAAGUGGCCAAUAACAAAAACAAAAACAACAGCCAGCGACAAUAGUCAGCACCAGCAGCAGCAGCAGCAGUAACAACAACAACAAUAGCACCACCAACAACGUGUGUGUUGUAAUUGUGGAACCGAGCAGAGGCGGCGGCAGAAAAGUGUGUGUGUGUGCUCCGACGGGGGGUGGUUGCUUCGGUCGUCUGCUCACCCAUAAAUUAGAAUCGCGCGACGACAUUGAGGUCCGCCCUGGAAUGCAGCAUGUCCGCGGAUCAGGAUCAAUAAUCAUCGAAGUCGAUACAGCCAUCGAAAGCAGCAGCAGCAGUGGGUAAUAAAGUUCGAACCGAAAAAAGAGGAAUCACGCGCGCCACCCCAAUACGGAAAACGGCUGAAAAAUAGACCGCAGUAGCAGCAGCAGCAGCCGCAUUUCGUGGGAAGAGAGGAGACCAAGGAGGAGGAGCAGGUGAAGCAGCAGUUGGAGCACGACGGUGCUCUGAGAAGGUAAAACUCGCCUAAUCAAGUCAGCGCCAUGGUGAGUAACAAUCUGGUGGUGCCCGUGGUCCUCUGGGGGCCCACAGCGCCCACGCAUUGCAUCUCGAGCGUGUUCCUUUCGGAUGAUCAGCUGACGCUGGUUACCGGCUGCUACGAUGGACAGAUCUGCCUGUGGCAGGUGGAGCCCAGCACAUUGAAGAUGUCGCCGCGCUGCCUGCUGGUGGGCCACUCUGCCCCGGUGCUGUGCCUAGUGCGUGCCUCGCUCCUGCCGGAGAACAACUUUCUGGUCAGCUCGUCGGAGAACGGUGAGAUGUGCACCUGGGACCUCACGGACGGCAAGUGCAUGGAGGCCGUCAAGCUGCCACAGGUUCACACCCAAAUCCAGAGCUAUCACACGGCCAACAGCGAGGAUGUGCGUCUAUUCUGCAUUGGCUACUAUGCCGAAAUCAUGGUCAUGGAUCCCUUCAGCCUCGAGGUCAUCUAUGUGCUCAGCUCUAAAGUGAAGCCGGACUGGAUCUCAGCCAUUCAUGUGCUGCGUCCGAUGCGACGCAAGGACGAUGUGGUGCUGGCCAUCACCACCACCGGCACCGUCAAGGUGUGGACCCUCACGGGCAACGAGAACAAGCACGCAGAGCCCAUCUACGAGAACGAGUCGAAGGAGAUCCGAUGCCUCAAUGCCAUUACCAUGAACUGCUGCGCCCAGAACCAGCGAACGGUGCUCCUUGUGUGUACCAAAUACUGGCAAAUCUACGAUGCCGGCGACUUCACCGUCCUGUGCUCCGUCAUUGCGCCUGCCCGAGAGCGGUGGCAGGGCGGCGACUUCAUCACCUCGGAUCGCGUCAUGCUGUGGACGGACGAGGGCAAGGGCUAUCUGUAUAAGCUGCCCGCCAACUGCAUUCCGGACAACAAGGAGUUCCACUCGAAGAGCGUCGUCCGCGACGCCCCAUACCUGUACUACGUCCUGCAGCAUGCUGGCGAUAAGGUGCUCUCGUGUCCGCCGGCCAUGAAGCUGCUGCAGGGCACCGGCGGGCAGCACAAUCUACUCCGCGGUGACUCCGAGGGUUACAUCUCCGUGUGGAACGUGCCGGAGGUGCCGCUGGAUAACAUUAGCAUACUGCAGGCCAAGCAGAUGCCGCCGCGCGUACUCAAGCCGCAUGUGUGCACCUCGCUAGUGGAGGCGUGGUCAAUAAUGGAUCCGCCACCGGUUGGCAUACUGGACCAGCUGUCGCGCAUCACUGAGUCGCCGGUGAAGCUCACCUCAAGCAUCUAUUUGCCGCAGCAGAGCCGCCUGGUGAUUGGACGUGAGGACGGCAGCAUUGUAAUUGUUCCGGCCACCCAGACGGUGAUGAUGCAGCUGCUGGUGGGAAUCAAGCAGAACUUUAGCGACUGGCCUUCGCAUCAGAUCCUUUACGGUCACCGCGGCAGAGUUAAUUGCCUGCUCUGUCCAUCGAUGAUUCAUUCGCGGUACGAGAAAUCCCACCUGCUAUCCGGUGGCAUCGAUUUCGCCGUCUGCCUGUGGGAUCUGUACAGCGGCAGCUUGCUGCAUCGAUUCUGUGUCCAUGCCGGCGAGAUUACGCAGCUCCUUGUGCCUCCGGAGAGCUGCAGCCCAAGGAUAUUGAAGUGCAUUUGCUCGGUGGCCUCGGAUCACUCAGUCACGCUGGUCUCUCUGCAGGAGCGCAAAUGCGUGACGCUGGCCAGUCGCCAUCUGUUCCCCGUGGUCACCAUCAAGUGGCGGCCGCUGGAUGACUUCCUCAUCGUCGGCUGCUCCGACGGCAGCGUUUACGUAUGGCAAAUGGAGACGGGACACUUGGACCGCGUUCUUCACGGCAUGCUGGCCGAGGAAGUGCUCUCCGCUUGCGAUGAACAGGCAGAGGAUGGCGGCUCCGGUGGUGGCAGCGGUUCAAAUGGUGCCUCUAGUGCCAGCGAAAUGGGCAUGGCCAAUCCAGCGGUUCACUUCUUCCGCGGCCUCAAGUCGCGCAACAUGAACGCCAUCCGACAUGCCACACAGCGUGGCAUCACGCAGCUCCAACAACUGCAGGGACACAACCAGGGCAACUUUGACUUCCUGAUGAAGCACCGAAGCAAUCCGCUGGUCAUCCAAGGACUUCGCACCAAUCCCAAGGAUGCCGAGAGCCACAUUCUGUUCUUCGACAUCGAGGGAUUGAUCUUUGAGCUGCACAGCGAGGAAUACGCCCAGAUGACGCCGGCCACGCUGGAGGCGCUGGGCGUUCAUCUGCAGAACCCCAAGGAUGGCAAGUCGAUGCAUCUGGAUGCGAGCAAGAAGAUAGGGGACUUCUUUAGCAAGGUGAAGAACAAGGCGGUGGAUGUGGAGAAGAUACUGAAGGACAAGGACAAGCAUGGCCUCGUCCAGAAGUUCAAGGAGAAGACGGAAAUCGUGGAGAAGAAGGUACAGGCAAAGGUGGAGAGCCUGCAGAAGGCCGUGGAGCCGCAUGAGGAGCAGCAGGACCUGAAGAGCAAGAUUGCCUCCAAAAUGGAGGUCACGCAUGUGAUGGAGGUGGCCCAGCUGCUGCUCUCACUGCUCCAUUCGUGGGGCCUCGAUCCGCAUCUGGACAAGAUGUGCGAGACGCGGCUGGGCCUGCUGCGCCCCAUCGUGCCCAUCUCGUACGGUGUGCUCUCCAAGGCCGGCUACAUGUCCCUGCUGCUGCCGACGUGGCAGAAUAACUAUGCCAUCCCGCCGGGCAUCCAGCUGCCCUCCAGCUCGAAGAAGCGUCCGUUGCCCGAGGAGCUGCAGCGUCUGGAGCACCUGACAGCCGUAUUUACGUCACGCUUGCAUUGGGAGCUAAGCACCACGCUGACAACCAAUCACAUCCUCGCCCUGGUGGCCAUGUCCAACACGCUGCUCUCGAUGAGCGCCGCCUCCUUCCUGCCGGACAGCGAGAAGCACAAGAAGCUGCAGCGUCUGGCACAGCGCACGGACUCCACGCUGAGCAACGAGGAGGAGCGCGAGGAGCUGAUGGCCCACCACAUCUCGCAGAUUAAGCAUGCCUGGAGCCUGCUGGCCACCCACCACUGUUUCCUGCUGCCGGACAAGAUCGAGGCUCUGGAGCCGAAGAAAUUCAAGCGGCCGCAGGUGGAGAUGAUGGUCAAGCGCUGGCAACACCAUUGCAUCGAGAUCCGGGAGGCGGCUCAGCAAAUACUACUCGGCGAGCUGACCCGCAUGGGCAAGAAGGGACGCAAGCAGCUGGUGGAGAGCUGGGCCCAAUAUCUGCCGCUCUACACGCACACGGAACCGAUUGUCGGGGCCCAGCAGCAGUUGGCCCUGCUUAGUCAGCCGGCAGGCGGAGGCGGAGCUGGUUCCGGUUCGGGUGCCAAUGGCAGUGGUGCGGGCUCCGGGUCAGGUGGCGGCGGAGUAGGCGGAAAUGUUGGCGGCGUCGGCAUGGGACCAGGCGGUGGAGUCCCUGGCGGUGAUGCCCACCAAGACGAGGAUUACGAGGAGGAGGAGGAGGAGAUAAUACGGAAACCAUCCAGCUUGUCGGAGUUAAAACGCAAGCAGACCACGGCAGUUAUACUUCUGGGUGUCAUCGGUGCCGAAUUCGGCCAGGAUAUCUCACAGGAGUCACCCAAUCAUCGCGGCAGCAUAAGCCUGGCCACGGGAGCCACUCUGACCAGCGGUGGUGGCGGCGGCGAGCGACGGAAAUCGAGCGUGGUCGAGGGCUUUGGCAUUGCGAACAACCUGGCACGCCUCACCUCAAUGGCCUUGGCCCAUCUGUUGUAUGCACCGCCCUCGCCCAAGCUGCCACAGUAUACGCCACUGCGCCGGGCGGCCAUCGAUCUGCUGGGCAGAGGCUUCACCGUAUGGGAACCAUACCUAGAUGUGUCCAAGGUGCUGCUCGGUCUGCUGGAGAUCUCGUGCGAGGGCAAGGCGGUGCCGAAUCUUAAUUACAAACUCCCACUGACUCCUCAAGCGGAUGCCUGCCGAACAGCCAGGCACGCACUGCGUCUGAUAGCCACCGCUCGGCCGGCGGCCUUCAUUACCACCAUGGCGCGUGAGGUGGCCAGAUACAAUACGAUGCAGCAGAAUGCGCAAUCCAUUAACACACCGCUGACCCAGUCCGUCCUGCACAAGGCCAAGGGCGAGAUACUGCAAUGCGUUGAGAUGCUGAUCGACAAGAUGCAAUCGGAAAUUGCCGGCCUUCUUGUGGAGGUGAUGGACAUAGCUCUGCAUUGCGUCGAUAGCAACGAGCUGAAGAGCCGCGGAUUGGCGGAGCUGUGUCCCUCGAUCUGCAAGUUCAACCAGAUCUCGCAUUGCGCCCAGACGAGACGCAUCGCUGUGGGGGCCAACAGUGGCAAUUUGGCCAUUUACGAGCUGCGGCAGAACAAAUGCCAGAUGAUACCGGCGCAUACGCAUCCCAUCACCUCGCUGGCUUUCUCGCCGGAUGGCAAGUACCUCGUCUCGUAUUCCUGCGCCGAAAAUCGACUCUCCUUCUGGCAGACCUCGACGGGCAUGUUCGGAUUGGGUCAGUCGCAGACACGAUGCACCAAGGGCUAUUCGACGGCCCCGAUACCGGAUGUGUCGCGUCUGAAUCCAAUGCGUCUGGCCAAACUGGUGUGGAUCAACAACCGCACCGUGACCCUGAUGCUGGCCGAUGGUUCCGAGACGCGAUUCAAUGUCUAAGCAGGAACAAGGUUACGAUGAUCCGAUGGGGAUGUAUUAGGCAAGGUUAUUAGGCAAUCAGCGCGGGCUUCAAAAGCAGCGAAUAUGGAAGAACGCAGGAUGUAAGGAGGUAGUAUGUGGAGCAGAAACGACAAAACAAUAAUUAUUCAAAGAUAAAAAACCUGGAAACGUCUGGCGUUUCCCUAAAUAAUAAUACAUAAUAAAGUCAAUAAAAACUAAGAAAAGCUAAGCGAAAAGUAACAGUCAAAGGGACGAAACUGAAACUAAAAACUUAAAUAACGGGGGGAAAACCCCCCAAAAAACACUAAGCAGCAUUAAGUUAAAGAGAAGAAGGAAAGUUGAGGGCAAACGGAAAAUUCAAUACAACACAUUUUGUUAUUUAUUUAUAUAUAUAUAUACUUACCCUAUAUAUCUGUAUCUGUAUCUGUAUUUUAAUGUAUUACACGAUUUUAAUAUGCCCCCGUCUCUAUAUAAUACCCCUGUUCUUCCCCCCACAAAUGCUACGUCCAUUUUAUUUUUUAGUGAAUAACUUUUACCCAAAACAAACAACACACACAACACUCUCUUUGAACACGUCGUGUUUCUGCUUUUGUUGUUCAGUUCCCAACGCGGAAGGAAAACAGAAAACUAAAUCCAAAUAUUAACAAAGUAAACAACAAUUAACCAGAUGCAAAACACACACCACACCACACACACAACGCAAAGGAAUGAAAUGGAAAAACGAUUAA